CAUGCUUCCCGCUUCUGCGCGCGACUGUUGCUUACAGGUGGGCUCUGUGGGAAAGCCGGAGUACACAGGAAGGCUGUGAAACACUUGCGUCCGUGCGCAUCUUCCCUCAUCAGAUUCUCCUGGGCAGAAGUGAGGAGAGGCACUCCUCAGUCCUCGGCAGGGCUCGUUCAGAAAUGCAUGGCCGAUAUGCUCGAUCCUAUGGAUUCUUUAUCUUCCUGAUGUUAAAUGGAAUCUGGCAGACAAGGACGAGAUCAGAGGGGUCUAUCACACUUUUCACAAAGAUUCUGGACAGACUGUUGGAUGGCUAUGAUAACAGGCUGAGACCAGGUCUUGGAGAUCGAGUGACAGAGGUGAAGACUGAUAUUUACGUGACCAGUUUUGGGCCAGUAUCGGAUGCAGACAUGGAGUACACAGUGGACAUUUUCUUCCGCCAGUGCUGGACAGACGAGCGGCUGAAGUUCCAUGGGCCAAUGAACAUCCUGCGUCUAAAUAAUCUGAUGGCCAGUAAGAUCUGGACCCCCGACACCUUCUUCCACAAUGGCAAGAAGUCUGUGGCUCACAACAUGACCAUGCCAAACAAAUUACUGCGGAUCAUGGAGGAUGGGACACUGCUUUACACCAUGAGGCUGACGGUGCACGCAGAAUGUCCAAUGCAUCUGGAGGACUUUCCCAUGGAUUCUCACUCAUGUCCACUGAAGUUUGGCAGCUAUGCAUAUACUCUGACAGAGGUGACUUAUGUUUGGACACGAAAUGCCAACCUUUCAGUGGUGGUGGCUCAAGAUGGCUCAAGGUUGAACCAGUAUGACUUGAAGGGCCAAACUGUUGGCAAAGAAACUAUUAAAUCCAGUACUGGGGAAUAUACAGUGAUGACAGUUCAUUUCCAUCUAAAGAGGAAGAUUGGUUAUUUUGUGAUCCAAACUUACUUGCCCUGCAUCAUGACUGUAAUUCUGUCCCAGGUCUCCUUCUGGCUUAAUCGUGAAUCAGUACCUGCUCGAACGGUUUUUGGUGUGACGACUGUGCUCACUAUGACCACUCUGAGUAUCAGUGCGCGUAACUCAUUGCCCAAAGUGGCCUAUGCCACUGCGAUGGACUGGUUCAUUGCAGUGUGCUAUGCCUUUGUCUUCUCCGCCCUCAUUGAGUUUGCAACGGUCAACUACUUCACCAAACGAGGCUGGGCCUGGGAUGGCAAGAGCAUUCUAAAUAACAAGAAAAAAGAGGGCUCUGUUAUGAAGAAGAACAAUGCUUAUGCAGUCGCUGUGGCAAACUAUGCUCCCCACAUUGCCAAGGAUUCGGCUUUGCCCACUGUUUCCAAGAGUGCUCCAACAGAGCCCACUAAAGCUCAGCCCAUGUCUAAAGAGAGCAAGAAGACCUUUAACAGCGUAAGCAAGAUCGACCGAAUGUCCCGCAUCAUCUUCCCUGUGCUUUUUGGCAGCUUCAACCUGGUCUACUGGGCUACAUAUCUCAACAGAGAGCCUGUCAUUAAGAACAUGGUUCCCUCUCAAUGACCAGUCCAUUAAAUAUGAAUAAACACAUUACACUCCCGCAUACACACACAUACACAGACACACACAUUAAAAUGUUGCUUAGCUUUUAUACCUGUUUUGUAUUGUGUUAUGCUUGCCAUUUUUGUCUUACAUUUAUGGCAUUUGUCUGACUGUUGAGAGUUUGAACCAUGUUCUUCAUAUUUAUAACAGCUUUCACUGCCAGGCCAAUCUUCAGAAUGAUAACAUACCUUUUUUGUUUUAUUUUAUUAGACAACGCUAAAGUAUAUUCUCUUUUAAUUUCACCAUUUCUUUCUGAUGUAAUAGUAUCUGUAUGUAAGAAGAAUAUAUCAGCUCUUACACAGUUUCGCCAAUUUGUGAAGACAAAUAUGUGGAUUUUUUUAUUCCAUUCCCUUUAAAUACAUUAGUGCAGUUUGAGAUGGUAGGAUAAGAAUGCUGAAGUUCUCAUUCAAUUGACUAAAUGUUAAGAGGAAGGAAGAGGACUGCCAUCCUUUCCUCUCAGUAAAAGCACUGCCAAUUAUAUCCUUAAGUGCCAUGGAUGGCACAUGGCACAGCUGGAACAUUAAAAUUAGAUGUAGAUUAUGUAGACAUUCUAAGAAAAAUUGAUCUUUCCCUUACUUGAAUGUGAUGUUAAAAAGCAAAUAGCUCAGCACUCUCAGUGCCACUUAGAGACAUUUAAUGCAAAUAAUGUAUUUCAAAUGUUUUUCAGAUUAAUUUCUUACACUUCCAGUAUACAUUUUAAGAUACAAUUAUGGUCAGCCACAUGUCUAUCUUUUCUAAUGUUAAAAUAUGUUAGAGCAAGCUAUUCUUAACUAUUUUAACACUUUAGCAUAAGCUUAACUACCACACUUGCAUGCCUCCCAUGUAGCAUUUGUUAAGAAAAUGUGGAACUUUCUAUAUUUUUGAAUCAAUUUAUGACACAGAAACACGGUAUUGACAAAAUAUUUUAGCUGGAAUGUUUUAUUUUUCUAUUAAAACAAUGAUGUGUCAAAUGUCUGCCUUGAUCAAAGAAUGUUUACUGUGCAAUUUGUCUGAAAAGCAUUAAUAUGACGAUUAGAUUUCAAUUCCUUUAAAUCACCAACAUCUCUCAUAAUAUUUGUAUUUUGUAUCAAAUGCUCACUGUGAAUUGUGAACAGUAUAGUGAAAUUUGCACUGUUUUCUUUGUAGCCACUUUCUACACAGUACAGCUGACAAAUGUUUUACAGUGCUGAAAAAUUGUUACUGAAACCUACUCAAUUCUGUCAUUCAGCCUGUUGGAGUUGUAGCUAGCUGACUGGUAUAUGUAGCAAAAGAUUUCAUUGUUGACUGGCCACUGUUUUCAGAAGAUGACUUGUAUAGAUUUAAAGGUACAUGGAAAUAUAAAACUGGCUGAUAAUGGUGAUAAACUGUCUUCAUGUAUUUAUUUUUGCUUUACAUAACAGUAAAAAUCAGUAUCUACUGGCACUGAAGAAGUCUAGUAGAAU